CUCAUCUCUACUCAGACUUUGGCCCCAAGUUCAGAUUCCUUUACCUCAGGGUUUGGGGCAUUGGGUUCCUCGUAGGCAGUCUUGAUUUCAGCCACUAAGUAGCUAAAUGCCUUGAGUGAACCUGAAGUCUGUACCUGGAGUCUACAAUGCUAGACCCUGGAGGUUAGGUAGUGUUGAGGCUGCAAGACAGGGCAUAUUGGAAGAGGAGAUGGGCAGUUAUGAAGCUAUGGGCUCUUUGCGGAUAAGAAAAUCCUCAGAGGUUGUGUGGGCCUCAUAGCUAGCAGCCUCCCCUGACUCCUACUUGUGCUGCCCUUGGUCAGAGAGAGCCAUAUUUGGCUAGUUCGUUGGCAGAAAAUCCCUGCCAAUGUGCAAGCUUUGGAGCCUUGAGUAAUUGUACAGAUCUGAGCCGGCAGGAAUGUGUGCAAAUGUUUGAAAGAAGAAAUGGAGCCCUGACCAAUAGGCCAGUGAGCCUGGAACCAUAGUGUGCCUUGGGGGUGGGGCUUGGGGGUGGAGAGACAGGAAAGCAGACAGAAGGCAGCAUUUAGAAGAAGGUGUAGCCAAUCUGAAGAUCUUUUGCAGGGAAGGGUGGUGAUGUCUUAACUUCAAAUGUUAUGGGCCCUUAUUUGAGAUCUACACUCACCUUUCAUCUUUCAUGGACACUCUGGUAUUUACGAAAGUGCACCUGGAAUCGUGGGUCUACAAAGGAUUGCGUGGUCAGCAUGAUUCGAUUCUUGAACUAUUGAAGGAAAAUUUGCAUCACUACCUUUGUAUUGAAUUUGAUGAGGGUUUAAAUGACACAGUCGUGUACAUUAUUGGAUUCAAAUUUUUUGCAAUGUUUGCAAUGUUUGUGAUUGUGUCGCUAGCUUGCAAUCUCCGGACCAAGCGAAAUCGAGCCAGAGCCUGGGCCAGAGGCCUGCAAAGCCCUGUGUGGUGGAACCGGAGGUACUUCAUUUAAGAGGACGCCUGUCCAGGACCCGUUGUUCAGAUGUCCUUUGCCAUAAUGUUAACCUUGGAACAGCCUUGCCUGUGGAGAAGCCGGCUUGACCAUGAUGCCAAGUUCCAGAUCUUUUUGUGCCAGGACAGGUGGGGAGGGGGGUUUUACCAGUGUUCUUAACUAUACUGUGAUUUUUAUUAUUGCCAUGUCCAGCUUUUAAGUGGGGUUUUAACGGUUUUAUAAUAAAUAAAAGUUUCAGGCAGAAGAAAGGACCAUGUGUUUGACUUACACAAGGAG